GACGGCUGAAGCCAUCUCGAGCAGGAUUCCCCUGGCUCUGCUGGCCCAAGACCCGACCUCCCCCUCUCGCUGGCGGCCUGUGUUCUGGGCCGCACCUAGACAAGUCCAAGUAGGAACAAGCCAUCUCAUCCAUCCACAGCCAUGAAUUUCCUCCGGCGGCGCCUCUCUGAUAGCAGCUUCGUGGCCAACCUGCCGAAUGGCUAUAUGACAGACCUACAGCGCCCAGACAGCUCCACCAGCUCCCCCGCUUCCCCGGCCAUGGAGAGGAGGCACCCCCAGCCCCUGGCAGCCUCCUUCUCCUCUCCAGGAUCCAGCCUCUUCACCUCCUUCUCCAGUGCCAUGAAGCAGACCUCGCAGGCCCCCAUGGGGCUGAUGGAGCCUCCAGUUCCCUCCACACCUGUUGUUCAAAGGCCCAGGAUCCUGUUGGUGAUCGAUGAUGCCCACACAGACUGGGCCAAGUAUUUCCAUGGGAAGAAGGUGAAUGGAGAGAUUGAGAUCCGCGUGGAGCAGGUAUUGGGCAAGUGA